UUUGCAGCGGGCUUUGGCUCCUUUUUUUUGGCAUCAGUUACUUCCCCUGUGACUUUUUUUUUUUUUUUUGCAUCCUUUUAUUUUGCAGUAAGUAACUUUUUUUCACCAUUGUCACUGUUUUUGCAUUGUUAACUUCUGUUGUGUUUUUUUUUCUUUUAAUCUGCACCUUUCCUUUUUUUAUUGCAGCAGGCUUCGGUUUCUUUUUCUUUUUUUUGUUGUUGCAUUGGUAACUUCUGUUGCUUCUUUUUUCCCAUCAACACUUUUUUUUUGCGUUGUUAAUCUCCACCUUGGCUUUUCUUUUGUCUGCACCAUUUCUUUUUUUAUUUGCCGCGGGCUCCAGUUUCUUUUUUUUUGCAUUGGUAACUUCAGUUGUGACCUUCUUUUUUUGCAUCUCUUUAUUUUUGCAGUACGUAACUUUUUUUGCAUUGCCACUUUUUAUGCAUCAUUAACCUUUGUUGUGGCUUUUUUUUCUGCACCGUUUCUUUUUUUAUUUGCGAUGGGCUUCGGUUUCUUUUUGACUUUUUUUUUUUGCAUCCCCUUAUUUUCGCAGUUCGGUUUGUGCUUCGUUUUUUUUCUCUUCUUUUUUUUUAGACAGGGGUAACUUCCAUUGUGACAUUUUUUUUGCAUUUUUUUUUUUAUUUUCAGCAGUGGUGAUUCUUUAUUUUUAUCCACACCGUUUCUUUCUUUUUCUUUUUUUAUUUGCAGUGGGCUUCAGAUUCUUUUUGACUUUUUUUGCAUCCUUUUAUUUUUGCAUUAAGUUAUUUUUUUCCAUUGCCACUUUUUUUGCAUCGUUAACUUCUGUUGUCUUUUUUUUUUUUUUCAUCUGCACCGGUUUCAUAAUUUUUUAUCUGCAGCGGGCUUUGGUUUCUUUUCUUUUUCUUGCAUCGUUAACUUCCCUUGUGACUUCUUCUUCUUCUUAAUAUUAUUAUUAUUUUUUUUUGCAUUCUGUUUUUUAAAUUUGCAGCAGUGGUGGUUCUCGGCCACUGUAUGGAAACACAUACCAGCCCUUACCUAUAAUCAUUAUUCCUCUUUUGCAUACUCUUGCAGUGGUGUAGAAAAUCUCAGUAAACGCCAUCUGACACACACACACACACACACACACACACACACACACACACACACACACACACACACACACACACACACAUAGAUCUGCACUCAUAUGCUACAAUCCUGUGCAAAGGACGUCAUCAUGAUCCCCCCUCUCUCUCUCUCUCACAUCCACAGGCUCUAUAAUAACACGUAGUUCGGGUCCAGGCUCAGUCAUUAAAUACUUUCAUGAAAUAAAGUCUUGUUUUGUAGCAUACUCUGACUGUAAACUAACUAUCCCGGUGUUUUUUUUCCAACUAUCACAGGAUAAAUGUGGACAUUGGUAAAGCUUUACCAAACCGCUGCAAGCUAACAGUAGCUUUAGCGGAGAGGAUCCAGAGCACUGCAGCUGGCUCCCUCACUCACUCUCUCUCUCCCUCACUCACGCACUCGCUCACUCACUCACGCAGCUAGCUAACCUAACCUCGCACUUAUACGCUUACAGCUGUUGAAAGCUAACUCCACAGAAACUGCACUGACUCACCGUCCAUCCCACUGGAAGUAACGUUUCCGCCCGCCCGGGAGGAGAAAAUGAACGAGCUUGUGAAGAGUUUGCCCUCCCCGACUCUCCCGGGAAUCCUCCUGCCCGGUGCGGAUACCUACAAAGGCUGGCUCUUUAAAUGGACCAACUACCUGAAAGGGUACCAGCGGCGGUGGUUCGUCCUCAGUAACGGCCUGCUGUCCUAUUACAGGUAACGGUAACUAUGGGCGAGUACUGCGACUGUUGCUUAGUAUAACAACUCAGAGCAUUUACAUACACUUACUAUGUUAAAUUAACACUUAAUAAUGAUUGAUUUUGUCAGUGGUGCCAGUAAGAGUGAUUGGUGUUGAUUUUUCAUUGGUUUAUAACGUUUAAAUGAAACUUUAGUGAAAUUGAGAGGGAGUACCCUGAAUGAUGCCAGUGUAGCACACACACAGAAAACUACCUGAGUCAUAGCCAUGAAGAUGAACAAGACUAUAUGAGUUAUAAUAUGUAACUAAGAAUAAUUUCACAUUUAUUCAACAGCCUUAUGUUCAUUAUCCUUUCCUACUUUUGAGCCUUUUCAUAAAUCCUAAGCAUCAUAUUAUAUUAACGAACUUGUUGGCUCUUUUAAGUAACAUUUGUGUUUUGCUUGCUAACCUGAGUUAUAAGCAGAGACACAUUCUGAAUGGUAACCUACUAGUUAUGUAAAACAAUCAUAAAUAAUGGAGGGAGAUGCUGAAAGAGCAGAAAAAAAGACCCCAGCAGAGCUAAUCUUGUAGUCAUUCCCACUAAAGGACUAUGACACUGAACAUUUGUUGGAUGAUAAAAACAUAAGUAGUUUAAUACAUAUAAAAGGCAUUUCGAAGAUAGUAGACAGGGGUGAAGUCCAUAUGUUUGAGUCAAAACUUGAGUCAGGCGAAUGCAUGACUAUCAGUUAAAAAAUCAGUCUGAAAAGUAGGAUGUAAAAUCUACAUGAUAUACACCACCAAUGUGAUGAAUGUUUUAUGUAAUGUUGAUUCCUCAUGAGAAAUGUAGACUGAAAGUUCUGGUCCCGAAUAUUUCAACAUAAAGUCUUCACUGUUUUACACACUCACUGAGAUCUUAACACUACCCUCUAUCUUCUAAGUUUGGCACAUGAUCAUUAGAUUUUAGAUUAGAUUUUCCUUUAUUCAUCCCUCAGUGGGGAAUUUAAGUUGUUAACAGCAGUGGUACACAUGACACACAUUCAUACUGGGUACAAAAAACAAUAUAAAUAAGAUAAAGAACUACGGUAAAAAAAAGAAAGAGCAGUGCAAGGGAAGAACAGUAAUAAAGACAAGUAUAUGAAAAAUAUAAACUAGAGAAAAAGAUCACUGCCAACAGAAAGAAAAACAGGUGUGGAUGCUGAUUAUCAUCAUUGAGAGCUUGCAGUGCAAUUAACCUCAUCUUAUCUCCAUCUGUUUGUUCAUGUCCAGCAGGACUCAGGCAGAGAUGGCACACACCUGCCGAGGCACAAUUCCUGUAGCAACCGCACACAUCGAGGUGGGUGACACUUGCCACUUUGUGUUAACAAGCGGAGGAAGAAACUACCACUUGAAGGCCACCUCUGAGGGAGAGUGUCAGCGAUGGGUGUCAGCCCUGCAGCAAGCAAAAGCCAAUGCCAACCUACUGAUGCAUCACUCAGGUAGUAGAGAUAUUUGAUUUAUUCUGAGUUACCAGUAUGACUCUGUCUCGAACUGUAAAUUUGAGUUUUAACAUUGAUAAUAUAUGUGAUUUUUACGAACUUUCAGCCCCUCUAAGUUCCCCAAAUGUCAGCCAAAAUGAAUCAGUAUGGUUCACCUCAGUGUCUGACGUAGAUGAACUAAAUUUAGCUGUAACCCGAAUGCAGCCUUGUGCAACCAAGACCCACUUGGCAAGAUGAAUACUUUGUCUGCUCCCUUUAUCAUCAUGUAAACUCUUAGCCACAAGAGGGCAGUAUUGUCUAACAUAAAAAGGCUCAGUGAUAGCAAAAGAGUGGUUUUUUUAUGUUUUUCUUUUUUUCUGUCAAAUGUCUUUUCAUCAAUAAUCCUCACCAUGUUUAUUUUAUACCUUUGCACCCCAAGAAAUAACAGUACAACAGUCUGUAGCAUAAUUCAAAAAGCCCUGCUGUGGUGAUGUUUAAUAGAAUUAAAACAGGAGCACUGCAUUUUCCCUCCAUCUCUCUCCAGCUCGGUGUCUCUCUUUCUCUUUUCCUCCCUCUCUGCUGCACAAAUAUGCACAGACGUACAUGCAGCUCCCACCUCCCUCCCACUCUGUCUCCUUUCUCCCUCCCUGUCUCCUUCAGUAUGACGACAGUGAGAGCUGAAUGAAAUGACCUUCCUCUAGACUCCUCCUCCUGUUCUGGUAGCAGGAGGAGUAAGAGAAAGAGACAGGGUGUGAGGGUCUUUCAUUGAAAAUAUUUCUCAGCAUACACUCUGUGGACAAUAGGGAGACACGGGUGCAGCCGUUUCAAUAAGUGUCACCUUGUAAGUAGCCUGUUAAUUAUCUUACCAAGAGGAUAAUAAGGACGAGGAUAGAGGGUGUGUUCUUUCAUGACUGCCUGCAUGCUUAUGUGUUCAGUUAAUUUUUGUGUAGUGUGUGUUUGUUUAUCUAGUUCAGAAACUUUGGCUCGUCAUAAGUACAAAUGUGUGGCUGAGAAUACUGACGGGAUAGAUUUUGCGAUUUUGAGUUAACAUAUUACCACUUUCAACAGAACAAUAUUUGAACACCAGCAACAGCCAUAAAUGCUACAUGUAUUUCCCUUUAUUUGUGUGUGAUUGUUUUGUUGCAUACUUUUCUGCAGAUCGUUACUGUGAUUACAGCUCCUGAAGCAGUCACUCUGAGGUGUGACCCUUUAAACACCCUUCACUGCUGACUAAAGACUUUGCACCUGCAAAAUGCAAAUCACUGUUUUCUGUGAUGUGACUAUAUUAGCAUGUAGGAACUAUAACGGAUCUGUGGGGUGCCUAUGCACAACAAUGCAGGUGAUUACUGGUGGUGUUUACAGCUAAGACACUAAUCAGGAUUUAAUGAUCUUAGCCCUGUAAGAAGAUUUUAGACGGCAUCACUUUCCUUUUGAGGUUACUCAAAGCUCAGACGGUGCUUUGAAUGUAUAUUCUCCCUAUUGUUUUCAGUUUGAGAUAUGUCAUAGCCACUAUAGAAUCUUCAUUGAUUAAUUUAUUAUCAUAUUCUUGAACAAACUGUGUUUAGACACAGUUCAUGCAGUCUAAACAGAUUAACUUUUGUGCAUGUGGGAGCCCAGACAGAAACCCUUGUGUGUUGUGGUCAAGUGUGUAUGAGCUCUUUUAGUUAAGGACUCAGAAGCAGUAAUAGAAGGGUAAAUUAACUGACCUUAAGUAGAUUAGAUCAGAGGUAAUUAGGUGAAUGUUGCAGCAGUUAUCAGAUCUCUUUCACAACAGCGUUAUUUUAAAUUCAGAUAAAAGGUUUGCUGUGGAAAAAUGUAAAGUCUUUAGAAACCACUGAAGUCCAUGGUGCAAAUCUGAUACCCGUGAGUGCUCGUAAGGAAGGAACAGUCAAGCUCGGGGUGUACUUCAGCAAGCUCUGACCAUGUUACAGCCAGGCGUUGUUUGUGUCAUCUGUGAUGCAAAAGCUUUCAGUGAAUCUGCUGGGUUUGAAUCCAAUUCUCUCUCCCCACACAGUGUCCAUAUUAGUUCUUCCUCUAUCACCUGUGGGUGUGUUCUCAUGAUUCAACAAUGAGUCACCAAUUUGUCUGCGACUCUCCGCUAUCCUGCAUGAAAAAAAUAACUGUUUAGUACACAGACCGUGCAUGCAAGCCUCCCUGCUACAUGUCUGUUGUUACUGCAUGGAUGUGUAUCAUAAAAGAAUUUCUUAAAAGCCGGUUUAAAAGCAGCUGAAUCCCUAUAAAGUAUACAUCCACUGGAGUCAAAUGAUGUUAUUUUUUCCUGCUGUAUUUGGGUCAUGAAAUCAUUACACAUGCCCGAAGCAUUUUUUUUCACCUUCUCAUUUUUAAUCUUCUCCUCCUGGGUCUGUUUUAAUCCAGUUUGCUCUGAUUGUUUUGAUUUUUUUCCCCUCUUUGAACCAGUGUAGUACAUUGUCUGCCUGCUUUGGCACUCACAGGCAAUGCAGACUCUGGCCUAGAUUCAGCAAACAUGCUCGAGAGUUUUCAGAUUAAACACGCAAUUUGUUUCUCCUGGGGACAGAAAAAAUGUUUUGACCUAGAAAUUUCCUCAUAUAUAUGAUGCAACGCUGGCAUUUCCUCUUUUAAAGGCCGGAUUAUUUGUGUUGACAUAUAUAACUGUGUUGUGUGAAACCAGCUGUUAUCUAAAAUUGUCCUGAUGAACAUAUGGCGUUAUGUGUUUUUUUUUUUUUUUUUUCUAAUGUAAUAGGGCACUAUAUGCUGUUUUAUAGGUCAAAUGAAUCCUAUAGAAAAGAAACAGAUAAAAAAAUAAUAAUAAUAAAAUAAAAUAGUUUUUUUUACCAGAACUCAUUGAGUAUAAUUACAGGGAAAUAGACACAAGACAGCUAUGAAUUCCUAUAGAAACACAGUGGAGUAUUACAAGACAGGAUUUUAUUUUGAAAGUUUCAUAAUGCAUCGAUUUGGCUUUGAUAAACAAUUAGACAAAGAAGAUAGAAAAUCUGCCCUUAAUGUUGAUUCCUUUUUUCUCAGUUUAAAGCUAAAAGGCUGAUUGUAUAUGCUCUGUAAAGACAAAGGUUAAGUAGCAGAGUGAUGGGAAAAUUAAUGUAAUUUUUCAAAAUACUCAGUCCUGUCUCCGUACAUUAUUACUAAUAUCCUUGAGACCGACAGUUCAGCUACCAGCAAGGGGAAGAGAGGGGGAAAGAGAGGAGGAAAAGGGUAAUGCGUCAUCUUUUUUUUCCCUCCCUUUCCUCCUUUCUAAAAAUAGCUGAGCCUUCUGAUUGCACAGGCCUACGUUUCCAAGGCAACGGUUUUCAUUCACAGCUUUCCAAUGGUGUAGAAGAAGGGGGGUGUGGGGAAUCAGGGGUGUGAAGAGUUAUUAUCUCCCUCCAUCCGGUCUGCACAAACAGUCUUUAAAUAUGUGAAAGCCUAAAUUAAGAAUAUAAUGACACAUUAAAUCCCCAUGAUGUGUUAAGUAAGGUACAUGAUUCAACACUAGAAAUAAAGGCAUAGUAACCUCUAAUGACACUUAAGCAUCUGAAGUAGGUCAUGUAAUCCCUCAACUGUUUUUUCUUUGGUUUAUGUGUGAAGAUGACUCAGGGGAUGAAGGUCCCGGACCUCAAGAAGAUCGAGCCCUCACCCAAGGGGUGCUCAAGAGUCUGGCCAGCAAGCUAGAUGACCUGAGCACCUGUAAUGAGCUGAUCGGGAAGCACGGCGCCGCCCUUCAGCGCUCCCUCAGCGAACUUGAGGAACUGCGUGGAUCCACUGACAGCACAGACAGAGUGAAAGCUGUUAACGAGCGAGCAACCCUUUUCCGCAUCACCUCCAAUGCUAUGAUCAAUGUGAGUUUGCACUGUGCAUGUACGGUAUAACCUCAGCACUGUAAACACUGAUCAGCUGCAAAUGUCUCUCCUAAUGAGGGACUGCAAGCUUGAGGGCUCUGCUGUCAACUUUUUAAAUGUUUAUUUGCAUUCACACCUCAGGCUUGUCGUGACUUCCUGGACGUAGCAGAAUCUCACAGCCGGAGGUGGCAAAAGGCCCUGCAGCAUGAGCGAGAGCAGCGUCACCAUCUGGAGGAGACCAUUGAACAGUUAGCCAAGCAGCACAACAGCUUAGAGAGAGCCUGGAGGGAGAACCCCACCUCAUAUACAGGUGAGACAUGACACUCUGUCUGACCCUUUUUACACCCGGUAUUAUCUGCUCACUAGUUUCAUCACAACAGCUCGAAGAUUAAACUUUGCAUUAGAUUGAGUCCUUGCAUGUGUCAUUAGUCACCUUUUAUGAUCAGAUCUUACAUCGCAAUAUGUUCAUAAAUUCAAUUAUCCAAACGGGGAAAAAAAUCAAUUGAAAAUAAAUGAGUGCAGACUUGCAGCAGAGAGAGUGGGAUACAGAGAACCAGCUCAUUUUGUCAAGCAAGAGAGAGCAGAGGUCAAAGUGUCAAUUCAGCAUACAGUAAAAACGUGCUCUAAUGAAGGAUUCAGAGACGAGUCGGUUGUUUAUAACCACUCGAUAAAAGGAGUUUGAUCGCUUAGGUUCACUUAGGCUUCUCAAGCAGAAGGCAGGCAAGUUCUUAUUUAUUUUAAAUCCGGUCUACUUCCUCAGUGUAGUCUCAAAGAAUUGUAAUGUGCCCUCUUCUGGCCGGCAAAAGUGAUGCAUGUCUAUGACAGAAACACCAAACAAAACAGCCCUCCUAAACUGAGUCUGUUUUUUCAUGUAAAGAUUCUUGUCAAUGCAGAUUUCUUUGAAAGUAUUCCUCAAGUGGGUUUUCAUUAUUUUUCUUUUAUACUUAAGAUACUCAGUUUGUCUCCCUCUUUGUCCCUGAUUUGUUGUCGUAGGUGUGGAGCGGUCUCAGGAGGGGGAUGCCAGUGACGAGAAUGACGAGGCUGAGUUCUUUGAUGCCAUGGAGGACUCCCCUGCAUUCAUAACUGUUACGACUAGUGGCGAAAUAAAGCACAAGUGAGGCUUAAUUUUUGUACUUAUCUAACAGCGUUUUUUUCACACCAGUCAGAAGCACGGUAACUUUGAUCUUAAAUUGAACUCUGUCGCUUUCCCUCAGGCGCUCAGGCAGUAAUCAGAGUAUGACGAGUGGAGGAGUGUCCAAUGACUGGACUCACAAUGAGAAUGUACGUCCCAACAGGCCGAUACAACCAACAAAGUAGAACUGAUUUUGUCAUCGCUUUACAGUUUCGUCUGGCUUUUCAUGUGUGUCUUAAUUUUUAAAAACAACAGCACAGUUUGUAUUUUUUUCUGUUUUUUUUUUUUUUCUCUCAGGAUACCUCAGGCACAAACCACAUGCAGCUACGAAGAACAAGACGCAGUCGUAUUCCUGACAAACCAAACUACUCCCUCAACCUGUGGAGCAUCAUGAAGAACUGCAUCGGAAAAGAUCUAUCCAGGAUACCAAUGCCGGUAUAUUAAAAAUACACAGUAGAGAUUGGCUGCAAUAUAAUUUUGGUUAACUGGCCUGUUUGCGUAUAAAAGCCCUCAUGUCUACGUUUGAUUGCAGGUAAACUUCAAUGAGCCGUUGUCCAUGCUGCAGCGUCUGACUGAGGAUCUAGAGUACAGUGAGCUUUUGGACCGGGCAGCUCGCUGUGACUCCUCUCUUGAGCAGAUGUGCCUGGUAGCUGCUUUUUCCGUCUCUUCCUACUCCACUACGGUCCAUCGCACAGCCAAGCCCUUCAACCCUCUGCUGGGGGAGACGUAUGAGCUGGACCGACUGGAGGAAUACGGUUAUCGCUCCAUCUGCGAGCAGGUGAGACUAAUGUGCUUUAAAAUGUCACACACACACAGAAAUGUGUAUUACCCACAGUGAAGAAUCAAGUCUUAAUACAAUUUAAUGUGCACAUUUAUUUCUGCUGACACUGUUUACCUUCAGGUCAGUCACCAUCCACCAGCUGCUGCCCACCACGUGAUAUCACAGCGAGGGUGGACCCUGUGGCAGCACAUCACUAUUGAUAGCAAGUUUCGUGGGAAAUAUAUUUCUGUCAUGCCUUUUGGUACGAAACAAAUCAACUUUAUUACCGUCCCAGUUUGCAGCCUAGAAUGAAUCUAGGCCUCUCAAUGUGAAAUAUGUGUCUGCAUGCUAAGUAGUUCUUGCACCAUGACUCAUUUAGCAUGUUUUUGUGUGCAGUUUUGAUGUUUGUGUGCACUUGUGCUUUUACCCUCCUCUGCAGGAAACAUUUAUCUGCAGUUCCACUCAAGCGGGAACCACUAUGUGUGGAGCAAAGUGACCUCAACGGUGCACAACAUUAUUGUGGGGAAACUUUGGAUUGAUCAGGUGUGACUUUCUCAUUUUUUUCAUACUGUAUAUAUAAACUGGCAUUUGUUUGAGUUUGUGCUUGUUUAAUAAUCCUUUAAAUGUGCAGCAAUAGUAACUUUUAUGAAACAGACAAAUACAUCAGAAAGAAAGAAAAUUCAUCAGGAUCUUAAUGAAAUUUGCUUUGUAGCGAUGAUGCUAGUGUGGGUUUUAAUGCGUCACUGAAAACAGCAUCUGCGGUUGUCACACUCUGCAAGUUACAUCUGUUUCCUCUUGUUUGAUUCUUGUUUUUUUCUGACUCUGCCGUCAGUCAGGGGACAUUGAUAUUGUAAACAACACUACCAAGGACACCUGCCGUCUCAAAUUCUCUCCAUACAGCUACUUCUCCAGGGAAAUACCCCGAAAAGUGAGUCUGAUAUUUUGCAUAGCUCUUGCCUCCGAACUGUUACUACUAAGUUUCCUGAAUCCUCCUAAAUUGGUGUAAAACCUUAUUUUAGUACAGUGGUUCUCAAGUCAAGUCCUCGAGCCCCCCGUGUCCUGCAUGUUUUGGAUGUUUCCCUGCUCCAACACACCUGAUUCAAAUGAUCAGCUCGUUAAGCCAUUACAGAGCUUGAUAACGAGCUGAUCAUUUGAAUCAGGUGUGUUGGAGCAGUGAAACAUCCAAAACAUGCAGGACAGUGGGCCUCGAGGACUGGACUUGAGAACCACUGCUUUAGUAACACCUUAGAGAGAUGUUUCUGUCCUGGCUCAGCAGUAAAUAUUCCACUGCCCUGCUCUCAGUCUCUGUGUGUAACUAAUCUCUUCCUGUGUGUCAUCUCCUUGGGUGUCCCCAGGUGACAGGAGUUGUCGAGGACAGAGAGGGCACAGCACAUUACAUCCUGUCAGGGACCUGGGACGACAAGAUGGAGAGUGCCAAGAUAGUGGACAGCAGCCAGGGAUGUGGAGGAUCCGAGGGAAAACAGAAAACAGUUUAUCAAACUCUUCAGCCUAAGCUGUUGUGGAAGAAGUAUCCUCUACCGUAUGUUUAUAACAUCAAACCCAUUUCUACCACAUCUUUGAAAGCUGUUUUCUCAUAUUUCUCUCAACCUCUAAGAGUCAUCAUGUUUGGUCUGUUGUGACUUCAACUUUCCAGAGACAAUGCAGAGAACAUGCACUAUUUCUCCUCUUUGGCUCUGACCCUCAAUGAGCCAGAGGAGGGCGUGGCCCCCACUGACAGUCGUCUGCGGCCAGACCAGCGUCUGAUGGAAGCAGGUCUGUGGGACGAAGCAAACUCUGAGAAGCAGCGGCUUGAGGAGUGUCAGAGGCUGGAGAGAAAGAGAAGAGAGGCGCAAGCUACACAGGCGCUGGAGGAAGGUGAGGGUGAGGACACCGACAAAGAGUUUUCCUCUGCUCAGAAAUGUUUUUACUUGACCUUAGUGUUUGAAGUCCAUUGUGCUAAAAGACGUUCACAAACUAUUCCCUCAGUCAUCCUUAAAGGGUUUUUGUUUUUUUAAACAAGUGCACAGUAUUAAUGUCAAAGCAUUAGUUAAACUAGUCCAAUAUGGUGCUUAAAUAUGUAUAAUGUUAGAAUUCCACAAAUAGUAAGAAUACUAGGAAGGAUCCUUUUUUGUGUUGAAGGUGAAGUUGUUUUGAAGGACGUUUUGACUGCAGCUUAUAUUUCAAAGCGGAGUAAAAUUUGUAUUUCAUUGAAUGUCAUUUUAAAUUUAAUAUUCACAUUUAAAGAAAAAUGCUAAAUGACAUAAAAUGCUAAAGAACUAGGGCCGAUUGGAGGAUGAAAAAAAUAGAUUUACAACAAGAAAAUCUUGAAUAUUUUGGAAUAAAUUUGUAAUUUUUAUGGUAAUGAAACAGAAGUUUUAUGAGAAAGAAGAUGUUUUUAUAGGCUUUAGUUAGUGUUCAUGUAAAAUAACAUAUGAGAGGAUUUUAAAAAGACAGACAGGUACCUGCACUGAAACAAGGAACAUGGAUCAUCUGAUGAAGUUACUCUCAUAACAGCUGGCACAGACACAGGCUGCCUACUAGCCUGCCCUUCUUUAGAGUAUACCCAGCAUCUUGAACAAUCAAUUCAGAUUUCUGAUGCUCAUGACAGUGUGGUGCUGAUGCUCUAAAAGACUGGGUUGUCAGUUAGUGUUGAAACCUAUGCUGAAGUAUAACCUUGCAAGAUGCUCCAAGUUCCUCAGUUUUUCUUUUGGGCUUAUAUCUCUUUUAUUUAGAAGGAGGACAGGACCACUCACAGAGUAGCAGACUGAGAGAUAUAGUAGGAAAUAACAUGUGCUAAGGGUUGGAUUCGAUUGAAGCCAGUCCACUUCUUCACAGGGUGCUCAAAUUUAACCAUCAGGCUAAACUGGCACCUCUAAGUUUCACGUUUUAGUUUGAAUUACCCAUUUUAUGUUCUUUCAAGCUUAUCAUGGACUGACAUUUUGACUUUUUUCUUAUAAAUGUAUGACUUCAUUCUCAAUAAUUCACAGUGUCAUUCAACUUAUUUUUUUCCCUCUUUGGCAUGGCCUUAAUACUCUGUUAUAACAUGUUAAUCACUUAAUCUUAUUUUAUAUAUAUUUUUUAGGUGGAACUCAUUAAGCCAAAAGAAUUCUUUUAAAUGAAACUGGAGACAGCUAUUCAGAUUGAACUUUUCUAUGAUAGAGGUGCUAUUUUUUUUUCCAAUCGAUGUACAACUGUUAUAUGAUGGCUGUGUGAUUGUGUCAUUAGGGCAAGACAUCGAAGGUUACCAGCCGCUGUGGUUUGAGAAGAGGACAGAGGACACUACAAGAGAAAGCAUCUAUGUGUACAGGGGCGGUUAUUGGGAAGCCAAAGACAGACAGGACUGGAGUCAAUGUCCUGAUAUCUUCUAGGACAGGAAAUCACAGCGUGUCAUCAGACAGGCUGAGAUGUUCCUCCUCCAGUAAGAAUACUCUGACUUAAGGAUCACAGUUUGGGUGUGGAUGUGAGUGGGUGUGUGUGUGUGUGAAAGUGAACCAGCUAUUCAACGUAGCUCCUGGGAUUUGAAGCACAACACUGGCUCCUGCUUCUGCCUGUUAAUCUCAUCUGCUCGGUUAAAAACUUGUGUUUGCAGAAUGCAUGGCCUCAGUUUAUGUGUGCUGUGUAAAUGCUCAUUCAGCACUGCAGGACACUUACAUUCUGGAGCACACAAAGUUCUCACGUGUGUCGAUGGGACAUAAAUACUCUCCAUAUACUUUUCAAAGUCAUGAUUCCUGCACCAAAACACAUUUAGUUCAAUGGGUGUGUUAAACUUGGAGGCAAGGAGUGCUGCGUUUGUUUUGGUACAAGUACUGAAUGUCUUGUUCUCCUCAAAGCUGGAACAACAUGUCCCUCAUGUUGGUCUCCGGCACAGACACCGGCUUUUAAACGACCAUAGCAGAACAAAUUACUCUUGUAUCGUAAAAGGUUUCUAGUAUAUGAUUCAAGCUGACUAUCUGGGAUUUUUACUCUUCUACUUCAUAAGAUUAAAAUAGUUCCUCUAAAGAUAGACUUUACAUGUGUAUUCAGUUUUGAACAUGUUCUACUCAUAGCAGACGGUCUGUGUUACAAACUGGGAGCGCAAAGUUCUUGGAGUUUGCCAAGCUGGGCGGGUUUAAAAGAAGUUGCAUUGUGGGAAAUGUAGGAUCCAGCUUUGGGAUAUACAAAGGACUGAGAGACAGGAUGCCAAAACAUACACUGCACUGCUCUCCUCAUUCCCUCAUAAAGGUACAUUUAUUUUAGUAAAACAGUAACAAAUUGAAAAAUUAUUCAAAAAGCCAAGACUGAAGACCUUCUGAAGUGUAAAUCUGCAAAAAAUUGAGGGAUUUAUUUUGGUGCUAGGUGGUAAUUUUAGCCAUAACUAUACAAAGAUGUACCAAGACUCUUGUAAACACUGCAUCCAAACAGAGAAAUGCAGGGCAGUUAAAAUAAUGGAACUGAUUUUUUUUUUCUUGAGGGUACUUGUAUGGAUAGUUUCAAGUUAAAUUUUAUUUUACGAGUAAUAAAACUUAAAAUACCAAGUAAAAAAAAGUAGUUAAUCAGCAACAAACCUGUUAUCCCUUACUCUGAAACAGGAAGAAUGACUGGCUCUGUGAGUGAUUUAGCAAUAACACAAAUGCAUGGCCACAUGAGAAGACAAAAUAGUCCCAGGCCAGGAACGGUGUUUUAUGCAGCAAAAACAGUUUUAUUCACAAUAUUCAUUUAGAGAAAUGAUUGUUAUGUACUUAGACCUGAGUCAUACACAUCACGUAAAAAAAAAAAAAACAUAAAGAAAGACUUAGCAAUAUUAUGCUAAGGCUUUCGUUCUGCAAGCUAUCACUAUUGCAGAUGAGUUGUGAAUGUACAUUCUAUAUCUAACCAACCACCUAUUUAUAGAUUUCAGCUCUCUGUGUAUUGUAACAUGCAUUCAAUAGUUGAUUUUUUGCCUGUAUAUAGCAAGAAAUUAAUGGAGGUAGUAUAACUAUUAGUCACUGUAAGAAAUUAUUGUUUCACACUACUUGAACAUCCACACUUUGGUCACUACUUAAACUAUUUGUGUAGAGAUAUUUAUAGAUAGAAUCAAGAUUGUUUACAAGCGAAUGAAAUGUUGGUGAAAUACAGGUUAUGGUUAUCAGUUACCUAAUGAGGUGAAGACACAGUAUGUAAAAUAUUGAUGAUGCAGAUAAGGUUUGAUCCAAGCACAAUAUGACGUUUUUCCUGCAGGUAAUGAACAACUUGUGCAACAUAGCCUCAGAUUUUUCCAUGGUAACACAGCUAUGCAUGGUUUUAGAGUGCUAAAGCACUAAUGUAGUGAACAGCCUCUUCGCCUAGCUUUUUGUUUGUUAACUCUUGAUGACACAUGAUGUGAAUUCACCUUUUGUGCCCUAUGACCUCAGAAAUUUGACAUUUUUGAGCUCAAAUAAAAACAUAAAGCUGUCACUGUGGCGUUUAUAAUGUUAGAUAAAUGUUGGUCAAGCGUGUUAACGGACAGAUGAAACAAAUGACAUCCAUAGAAACAGAUUCUGUGAUGAUGAUGAUUGAAGACCAACAUUUUCUUUUCUCUGGUCUGAGCUGAAUGCUGCAGAUGUUGGUAGAAUAAGAAGCCAUAUGAUACAUAUCGUCUAACAAUACAUAAUGCUUUCUUAGCUACUUGUCACAAGAUCAGCAAAGUUUGCAUUCUUAUUAGCUGGGUUUCUUCAACCACUCGUCAACCUCUCCAGCCCAGAUUUUACCAUGUUUUUACCACACACAGUAAAUUACUGUUCUGAUGCUGCCAAGACAAUGUUGAUAUUUUUUCUGGAGUGGUGAUUUUGAGCAUGGCACAGGUAAAUUUACUGCAUUUAUACACCUGCCAGCUGUAACAUUAUGGACAUCUGGGCAAUCUAAUGCAACCUAAUACUACGGCUAUACUAUAAAUUCUAAUUUUACAAAGUUUGCUUUUUCUUUUGUUUUUUCGUACAUAGACAGGUGAUAAUUUAGAGUUGUAGUGAGUGAUGAUGCACUGGAGUGCAUUACAUUGUCCCUAAUGUUUUGCUCCCAUCAUUUUUGUUAAUACUGUGGGCAAAAUACAAGUAACACCGCUCAAUGUAUGGCACUCCAGUACAUCACCCUACAUAUUUAACAUUAAAUCUGAAAUCAAAAAUCAUCUGUCCGGUUGUGUGUACAAAAACUGAACAUUUUGACAUUUCCUGAGAGUAUGAGAGUGUUGGGUUGAAUCACAUUGCAGUUGUUUAUAGUAAUAUCAUCAUGGAUAAGCGGAUGAUGGGGGAGAGUGGGGUAAGAUGAGCCAUUUUUCAUAUUUGGGAUCAUUACAUAAAGGCAAUCAUAGUUUUGUCUCUAACUAGUGUAUCUGCAUAUAUUUCAAGAUGUUGUGCAUCCCUGCAAACCAACAGAAUGAGUGUAAACAUAAAUGUCUUGAUAAUAUAGCAUGCCAAAAAAAAGUGGUCUCCUAUGGUCAACUUACCCCGUGUAUGAGGUAAGUUGAGCCAUAUCCCUACUACCCACCAACUCUCCCCCCCAGCCCUCCCUCACCUUCUCUCUCCCUAAAUAACAGUCACUUCUUCACAUUCAUGUGUAUUUUUAUCUAUUAUACACUAUUCAACUGGUACAUUUUUUUAUUAUUAUUGCAUAUAACUGCUAAAAGGCUGUUUUGUAAAAAGCCAUUUUAACACGAGAAUUCCUUUAACUGAUUCAGAACAUUCACAGCUGUAUUUUUGAGAAGAAAAAGUAAAACAUUUCAACAAUCUGAACUGAAACUCUGAUCCUCUCAUCAGACUCCUUUACUUUCUCAGUCGAGCCAAUGGCUCAACUUACCCCAGAACUACUAUGAUGACUUUAUUAGUCCUCUAAGCUAAAAUGGUGGACUUUUAUGUUAGGUUUUUGACCUCAUGUUGUAGCUCAUAGAUACAACAAUUGAUGGAUAAAACAAAUUUAAAAUGACCUUUUUUGGUCUGAACACAAUUCUAAUAAAACUGAUGACAGACUAAAUUCACUUUCAAGAGUGAAAAAUGUCUAACCCCUUCACCCAUGUGCUUCUAACCUUCACAGACUCCAUGAAUUGAUGACCAUCUCCUAAAUAUUUGGUCACAUGAUCAAUUUCUUUUACCAUUUCUAAGCAACAGGGGGUGGUUCAACUUACCCUUUGGCAUAACUUACCCCACUCUCCCCUAUUUGACUUUGGUUUGGACCCAAUUCAACUGCUGACCAUGUUUGAGCAUGAUCACACUUUCCAUUGUUUAAAUAUCAUUAAACUGUUUGUUUCAAACUAA